CCGCUCGGCUGCGGCGGCGCUGAGGGAGUCGCUGACGCGGAGAUUGACGGCCCUGCGGAGGUGCUGAGGGGUUUCUCUGCAUACCCUGGCUGUCCUGGAACUCACUCUGUAGACCAGGCUGUCCUCAAACAUGGAGAUGCACCUGCUUCUGCCCAUGCUAGGAUGAAAGGACCAGAGUGAAGGCAGCAGGAAAUACUCAGCAACAAUGUCUUCAGAGUUGGAGACCUCAGAAGGGGUAGAUGAGUCAGAGAAGAACUCCAUGGCCCCGGAAAAGGAAAACCAUACCAAAAUGGCAGACCUUUCUGAGCUCCUGAAGGAAGGGACCAAGGAAUCACAUGACCGGGCAGAAAAUACCCAGUUUGUCAAAGACUUCUUGAAAGGAAACAUUAAGAAGGAGCUAUUUAAGCUGGCCACUACUGCACUUUACUUCACAUACUCUGCCCUUGAGGAGGAAAUGGACCGCAACAAAGACCACCCAGCCUUCGCUCCCUUGUAUUUCCCCAUGGAGCUACACCGCAAGGAAGCGCUGAUCAAGGACAUGGAGUAUUUCUUUGGUGAAAACUGGGAGGAGCAGGUCAAGUGCUCUGAAGCUGCCCAGAAGUAUGUAGAUCGGAUUCACUAUGUGGGGCAGAAUGAGCCAGAGCUGCUGGUGGCCCAUGCUUACACUCGUUAUAUGGGAGAUCUUUCGGGAGGCCAGGUGCUAAAGAAGGUGGCCCAGCGGGCACUGAAACUCCCCAGCACUGGGGAAGGGACCCAGUUCUACCUGUUUGAGCAUGUGGACAAUGCCCAGCAAUUCAAGCAGUUCUACCGAGCCAGAAUGAAUGCCCUGGACCUGAGUUUGAAGACCAAAGAGAAGAUUGUGGAGGAAGCCAACAAAGCCUUUGAAUAUAAUAUGCAGAUAUUCAAUGAACUGGACCAGGCUGGCUCCAUUUUGGCAAGAGAAACCCUGGAGGACGGACUCCCCAUACAUGAUGGGAAGGGAGAUGUACGUAAAUGCCCCUUUUAUGCUGCUCAGCCAGACAAAGGUUCCCUGGAAGGCAGCAACUGCCCCGUCCGGACAGCUAUGGCUAUGCUGAGGAAGCCUAGCCUUCAGCUUAUUCUAGCUGCUACUGUGGCCGUGGCUGCUGCACUCUUUGCCUGGUACUACAUGUGAAGGACCUGUCAUGUUGCAUCUUACCCCAAGUGACCUGCUCCACCCCAUCUCCACCUUUGACUAAAACUACCACCUCAGGUGACUUUUUUAAUGCUGGGUUUGAGAAAACAAGCAACCAAUAAAAGCCAGACGCUAGAGCCUCUGCCUAACAGCCAUCUUCUCUGCCAGCCAAGUGCACACCAGGCACAGGCUAUCAAUCAUUCUAGUGCCAGUGCAAGACAGCCUUGGACCUCUGAUCUGGCAGUGCUCCAGGACUUUUGCCACUUAAGAGGCCUGGGUACAUUCUCUUCAUUCCUACCAAUACUUGUAGUCAUUGUCUUGCUGGGAGUGAGCUGCCCACACACCUAGGCUUUGUGGGAAAGGGUCAUGCUGGCUGAUGAUGGUUCAGUUUUCUAAGCUCCAGGGAAUCUUUUGGGGUGGAAGCUCUCCUCCAAAGCCUAUCCUGCUCAACCAGGAUGUCCCUAAGAAGUCUAUUAGCAUGAGCUAUUGCCACUGUUUGACUGGUGUACUUGCCACAGUGCACCAGACACCACAUACUUCCCUCCCUCCUGUGACAGGAUAGAGGCCUUCAGAAACAGUGGCAUGUUGCAUACAAAUGGACAUCUUCUUUGACGACAGUCCUCACCUGCCUUCUGACACUCCUGACCAAUUCCUAGCACCUUUUCCCGUGUAUUCAUGCUAAACACCAUAAAGAUCCUUAAUUAUG